AUGGCUUCUGCAGUUGAUGGUCACCUUGCUAUUCUCGCUAGUAUUUCUCUUUCCCUUGCCGCCAUCAUGGCACUUAGGCGUGCCGCUCAAGAGCCUUGGCUGACUUAUACGAAAUGGGGUGCUGCGUAUGGGGACUUGGUCUUCGUGCGAAUUCUAGGCCAGGAAAUGGUCGUGGUCAAUUCCGAGCAUAUUGCAGAAGCCUUAUUGGACAAGCGUUCUCGGAUUUACUCCGAUCGACCAUACCUAGUCACACUCGAGCCGUGCGUUCUUUCAGUAUUCUUCUACUUAACUAGUCCGAGAUAUGGCUUGUCGGUCAACCUUGCAUUCAUAGGUUAUGGGGAUGAAUGGCGUCUCUGCCGACGACUCUGCCACCAAACUUUCCGCCCUGAGUCUGCAGUAAAAUUUCGUGCGAUGCAGAUCAGGCGAGCUCGUGAGAUAGUCGUCAACCUAGUUGAUGACCCUCGACGUUAUCAUGACCACUUCGCAACAUUCUCGUUAUCUGUUGUGAUGUCAGCUGUAUAUGGCUACGAUAUCGGCGCUCGUGAUGAUCCUUUGGUGCAGAUUGUGGUAAAUGCACUGAAUCCGGGCUCGGCCGUGUUAACCCCAGAGAGAGCGUUGAUACUGAAGACCUUCCCCUUCUUACUAAGGUUACCUGACUGGUGCUGGGGAUCCUCGAUCAAGCGUAGUGCUCGAGCUUCGACCGAGCGCGUCAAUGAAAUGGCCGACUUGCCAUUUCAAUAUGUGCAGCAGCACAUGACUUACAGCUCGUUCCUCGCCCAAUCUUCAAUGGUUGCAGAAAAUUUGCGACGGAUGGAGACGCAAGAGGAGGCAUCCAAACCUGCAUUCGAGAAUGCCUUGAAGAAAGCAUCAACUACUGCUAUUUCGGCUUCAUGUGAGACGACUUCGGCAAUUUUGAUGGUUUUUGUUUUGGCCGUGGUAUUAUACCCAGACGUUCAGAAACGCGCGCAAGCGGAAAUCGACUCAGUGGUUGGAAGAGAACGGCUGCCGACGUUCGAGGACAGAGUAUCACUACCCUACAUUGAUGCAGUUGUGCGAGAGACUUUUCGAUGGCAGCCCGUUUCACCUCUUGGCGUAUCACACGCUACCUCGAGUGAUGACGUAUAUGAUGGCUAUUUCAUUCCAAAAGGCGCAAUCAUCACGUACAACACAUGGGGCAUUACACGGAAUGAAAAGCGGUACACAGACGCAUCUCGUUUUAUACCAGAGAGGUUUAUCGAUGUUAAUGGCGCGUUGACAGAUGAUGACCCCGCACAAUACAUAUUCGGCUUUGGUCGGCGUGUAUGUCCAGGGCGAUAUACUGCUGAUGCCUCCGCGUGGUCUGCCAUUGUGACUAUGUUGGCCGCAUUGGAUAUUUCUUCUGCCAAAGAUGACCAGGGCAAAGUGAUCAGUUUUACUCCCACGUUCAUCACGGGACUGCUAUCCUGCUAUCUUCCCUUGCAGGAUUUCAGCACGGUCCCACAUUUAUUCGGACCUUGUAAACGGUUGGAGAACUGCCGAGUUUUGAAAGAAGGGGUGAUGACAGUUUGGCUCUUCCGUGGUCUGAUUGGGGCACUAGAGGAGUAA